AUGGAUCACCUAGCCAAUGUGAUCUGCGGUGGCAUCGCAGGUUUCGCUGCAGACGCUCUGCUCUACCCACUGGACACCCUGAAGACGCGUAGCCAACUAGAGCGUAAUUUGAAGGUUGAGCGUCGUCAUAUGCAACGUGUGCCUCGUUAUCGGUCUCUAUACACAGGCUUCUUUGUCUUGGCACUGGGUGAUGUUCCUUCCACUGCUGCUUUUUACGGUAUAUACGAGUUCACAAAGGACGUACUAUCAAAUCGCAAUCGUCCACCCACCGAUGACGUCAGUUCUUUACCUCUUCCAGUAAUUCACCUUCUUGGUUCAUCUUGUGGGCAGUUUUGCUCGUUAUUGAUUCGGAACCCCUUCGAGGUGAUCAAGCAACAGAUGCAGGCAGGGUUGUACCCUACCUCAUACUCAACCUUUCUUUCUAUUCGUCGUUCCCAAGGAUACAAGGGUUUGUAUGCCGGGUUCUUCCCAACUCUGAUGCGCGAAGUGCCUUUUGAUGGCAUCCAAUUCGUGCUUUGGGAGCAGCUUAAGACUAUGGAGUCGACAAAAAGAUUGUCUAGGUGUAUCGCAUCUAAGGCCAACGUCUGUGAUACUACAGGCGAUGUGGUCGUAUCAGCUCUUUGUGGAUCAUUCGCCGGAGGUUGUGCUGGUAUCGCAACAGUGCCACUAGACGUGGUAAAAACACGGUUGAUGACCCAGGGUUCAUCGAAAACUCUGGUGUUGUUGCUAUCACUAAUGACUACCGAUAUUUGGAUAGAAAAAUACCGGCCCGCCGCUUUAAGCGACGUGAUCGGCAACCCGGAGGUGACGCGUCGUCUCGAGGUGAUAGCCAAGGAAGGCAACAUGCCAAAUCUGCUACUUUGCGGUCCUCCCGGUACCGGAAAGACGACUUCCAUCCUAUGUUUGGCACAUGAAAUGCUAGGGCCACAUUUCAAGAAUGCAGUGCUUGAGUUGAAUGCUAGUGACGACAGGGGUGUUGAUGUUGUACGUGGGACAAUUAAGAACUUCGCGAAGAAGUCAGUAGUGCUCCCAGCUAAUAAACAUAAAAUCAUUAUCUUGGAUGAAGUCGAUUCCAUGACAGAAGCUGCGCAGCAGGCUCUGAGAAGAAUUAUGGAGGUUUACUCUAAGACGACGCGGUUCGCGCUGGCGUGCAACCAGUCUACAAAAAUCAUCGAACCCAUCCAGAGUCGCUGUGCUGUAAUCCGUUAUGGGCGCCUUCAAGACGAGAUGAUUUUGAAGCGUCUUGUGGAUAUUUGCAAAAUGGAAAACGUACAGUUUACCCAAGAUGGGAUGGAGGCACUGCUAUUCACUGCCGAUGGCGACAUGCGACGCGCACUAAACAAUUUGCAAAAUGUUUCGUCAGGCUACAAUUUGGUAACUAGUGACAAUGUAUAUAAGGUCUGCGAUGUGCCGUCACCAGAGCUCAUUAGGAAGAUGUUACAGAACUGCCUUGAUGGCCAGUGGCGCGAGGCCCAUGAGAAAGCGGAGGAGCUACUUGCUUUGGGGCACUCUCCUCUGGAUAUCAUAGGUCGGUGCACUCGCACAUCGCCAGCUUAUAUUUGUUCAGUUACCAUUCGCAGCGUACUCAAGGCGUUCAAAGCACCCGAACACGUACUGUUGGAGUUCAUGAAGACGGUAGCGCUAGCACACAUGACCAUGGUGGGUGGACUGUGUAGCCAGCUUCAGUUAGACAAGCUGCUCGCUACACUAUGCAAGGUAUCCCUAGUUAUGCGCAAGAGCUAG